UUAUGCAGCGCCGCGGAUGUCAUUCACUUCAGCGUGCCUGAACAGUUUGAUAAAAUCAUGUUGACCCCACCGAAGGAGGGGAUGCCCAGUAUGAUAGACAGCGCGCUGCGGAUGAGGAGAGAGGAGCAGGCUCGGCAGGUGGUCCUCGCCUGGGCUGUGCUCAACGUUUCCCUAGCUGGCAUGAUUUACACUGAAAUGUCAGGGAAAUUGCUGAGCCGCUACUAUAACAUAACCUACUGGCCUAUCUGGUACAUCGAACUGGUGCUAGCAUCCCUCUUUAGCCUCAAUGCUCUGUUUGACUUCUGGAAAUAUUUCAAAUACACCAUGGCUCCAUCCACCAUUGCUGUAUCCCCUGAACAGCAUCUCCUCUUAGGGCUGAGGAACACAAGUAUUCAUGCCUCUCCACCCCAGAAGCCAGAAAAAAAGGAGACCCCAGCUCCAGCCCAGUCAUCUCCCCUUCAGGGCCAGAGCGUGCUGAGUUUCAGCCCCUCUCGUCCAGCCACCACCAGCCCCAAGUUCUCCCCCAGCUGUGUACCUGGAUACAGCCCUCCUCUCAGCAACCCAUCCACCCCAAACAGUGCAGGGGGGCCCUUUUCCCCCUCAGUGGCCUUUGGAAAGGUGUUGAACUACAGUCCUUCCCCUGGUUCCUCUCCCUACCCCAGCAGCAUUGGGCCAGCAGAAGGCUCCAGCUUGAGGGCUCGAUACCGCACUUCACCCUCAGUCUUUAACUCCCCAGGAAGCAAGGAGGACUACAUGGAAGAUCUGAAAAGCCUGGAAAGGUUCCUCCGCACAGAGGAAGAGAGGAGUCACCGCAGCCAACUAGGGAGUCCAGAGUCGGUGUCUCCGAGCCACAGUCCAACAUUUUGGAAUUACAACCGCUCAGUGGGGGAUUACGCUCAGAGUCUGAGGAAAUUCCUGUACCAGCCAGCCUGCCGCUCUCAGGCUCCUUCAGCCCACAAGGACGAGACAGACCUGGGCUCCAAACAGGCUGCAGAGGAGGUGUGGGCCAGAAUCACAACCAGUCGUGCUGUAGUGGACCGCAUCGAUAGCUGGACAGCCAAGCUAAGGAAUUGGAUAAGUGACACCAUCUUGGUCCCCCUGGUCAAGGAAAUAGACUCUGUCAACUGUCAGCUCAGGAGGAUGGGCUGCCCUGAGCUCCAGAUAGGAGAGGCCAGCAUAAACAGCCUAAAGCAGGCAGCAGUGAUGAAAGCCUCAUCCAUCCCCACCAUGAACUCUAUUGUCCAGUAUCUGGAUAUCACACCCAACCAGGAAUAUCUAGUGGACCGCAUAAAGGAGCUGGCUCACAGCGGCUGCAUGAGCUCCUUCCGCUGGAACAGGGGUGGUGAUCUGAAGAACAGGAAGUGGGACACAGACCUCCCUACUGAUUGCGCUAUCCUCAUGCAUGUGUUUUGCACAUACUUGGACUCAAGGCUGCCCCCACACCCAAAGUACCCAGAUGGGAAGACUUUCACUUCACAGCAUUUCAGCCACACCCCAGACAAACCUGAUGUAACCAAAGAGAACCUUUUCUGCAUCCACCAAAGCAGCACCACUCCCCCUCACUACCAGCUCAUCUACCAGGGGCACAUCUACAGUCUACCCAAGGGCAGGAACAACCUGUUCCACACCAUCCUCAUGUUUCUCUAUGUCAUUAAGACCAAGGAGUCAGGGAUGCUGGGGAGAGUAAAUCUUGGCCUCUCUGGUGUGAACAUCCUGUGGAUAUUUGAAGACUGAUGUGUUUCAAUUUACAAGCAACAAAAAGCUUCUCCUCGUUGCUUUCUACACUGGUUGGAUUAUCUCCUCAGCUUAAGGACUGCUCUUUAAGGGGCAUAUGGGAAGAACAGCACUUCACUUUGAAAUUCACAUUAAAUGCACAUUUUUGGACAUUUUCACCGUUUUAGACUACAAAUUGGCAGCAUGCUGGUUUUUCUUUGAUAUUUUAAGAACACAAUUCUGGUACACCACAGUGUACUUACGUUGCAGAGGUGUAUUUUUAACAUUGUUUGGGUUUCUGAUUUUUGUAUUUUGACAAUGUACCAGCAUGGCAGCCUUGUAAAUAAUAUACCUCACAAUUGGUGGGUGACAAAGGGCUCAGACCCAUUCAGCUUGAAUGUAAAUACAGUAUGUAUGGACUUGACACAUUUCUUUAGCAUCAACAACCUUUUGCAGCUAGUAUGCUGGUGUUAUUUUUCUUCUUUUUUUCCUGUUCUGUUGUAGAAUGAAUGUCUGCAUUAAUAGGGAUGCUCCUGGCAUGUGCUUGAAUUGACCUGCAAAAAAUGGAUCUGUGCAAAACGCAGCAAUACUCACAUCACAGAAGUAUUGAAGUAUUCUGUAGUUGCUAACUUUUCCAUAUUACUAGGCUACAGUGCCACACAUAAUUAUGUACUGUGUUAAUUCGUUUCAUGUGUGAUAGAGAACAAAUGAAAAAAAAAGCCUUUCAAAUCACCAAAGUCUUCUUUCUGAAUAUGUCUUCAACUAAAGAGCUCUGAAUGCCAUUUAUCCUGACUUGUUGUACCAGCCAUUCAUUAAAUUUCAAACUUUCUACAUGUUUGCUUGUUUUCAAUAAUACUAUUUUAUAAAUGUCACCUGAGACUUAAAAAUAAAAUUGAUAUUAAAAAAAAUAGUACAGCUUGUACAUUUUCCUCCACCUAAUUGUACUUGGUAUUCUGUGACUGUCCACUUGGUGGCAAUGUAGUUCGUUUUUUUUUAACAACUUGACCUUACUGUUGGUCCCAUUUUCUCUAAUGACAUACUGCACAUCCACUGCAUGAGAACUGUAUUGUGAUGCAGUGUCUUGUGCAGCCACGUCCAGUG